UAUACUUUGUCUCCUCUGGAGACAUCAUUUUACUGGAUGCCUACUCUUGGGUCUUUUUUCUAGAACUUCCAUAACUCUCAAAUAUUAUUGGCUCACUGAGGCACCAGUAGGCACAGCUGAAGGGCAGACUAAGUGCCAGUGUCUCAGUGCCGUUUGGGGCACUCCACUUCAGUUCAUGAUGAGCACAACGCAAAUAGCAGUCCAACCUUUAAAGUAUUAUUUGUGCCAGAAGUUUAUGCCUACAUGACAGAACUACCAGAUAGUGUAAAAAUGUUUGCCUUCUAGCUCUGAUGGGAAGAUGAGCAGUAAUUCAGUCAAGUGAUGUCUUCAGAGCUGCUGAAUUACAGACCCUACACUACCAGCACUCCCAGCUAUCUUCGAGACACCACUGACUUCCUGAGGAAACUGCAAUCCAUCGGUGAUCUUCCUGAAAACACCAUCCUGGCCACUAUGGAUGUAGAAGCCCUCUACACCAACACUCCACACAAAGAUGGACUACAAGCCGUCAGGAACAGUAUCCCCGAUAAUGUCACGGCUAACCUGGUAGCUGAACUUUGUGACUUUGUCCUCACCCAUAACUAUUUCACAUUUGGGGACAAUGAAUACCUUCAAAUCAGCAGCACUGCCAUGGAUACCCGCAUGGCCCCACAGUAUGCCAACAUUUUUAUGGCUUACUUAGAACAACGCUUCCUCAGCUCUCGUCCCCUAAUGCCCCUACUCUACUUGCGCUACAUUGAUGACAUCUUCAUCAUCUGGACCCAUGGAAAAGAAGCCCUUGAGGAAUUCCACCAUGAUUUCAACAAUUUCCAUCCCACUAUCAACCUCAGCCUGGACCAGUCCACAGAAGAGAUCCACUUCCUGGACAUUACGGUGCUAAUAAGCAAUGGUCACAUAAACACCACCCUAUACUGGAAACUACUGACCGCUAUUCCUACCUACAUGCCUCCAGCUUUCACCCAGACCACACCACACGGUCCAUUGUCUACAGCCAAGCUCUACGAUACAACCGCAUUUGCUCCAACCCCUCAGACAGAGACAAACACCUACAAGAUCUCUAUCAAGCAUUCUUACAACUACAAUACCCACCUGCUGAAGUGAAGAAACAGAUGGACAGAGCCAGAAGAGUUCCCAGAAGUCAGCUACUACAGGACAGGCCCAACAAAGAAAAUAACAGAACGCCACUAGCCAUCACCUUCUGCACCAGCUCUCCAACGCAUCAUCAAGGAUCUACAACCUAUCCUGAAGGACGACCCAUCACUCUCACAGAUCUUGGGAGACAAACCAGUCCUUGCUUACAGACAGCCCCCAAACCUGAAGCAAAUACUCACCAGCAACCACACACCAUACAACAAAAACACUAACCCAGGAACCUAUCCUUGCAACAAAGCCCGUUGCUAACUGUGUCCACAUAUCUAUUCAGGGGACACCAUCAUAAGGCCUAAUCACAUCAGCCACACUAUCAGAGGCUCGUUCACCUGCACAUCUACCAAUGUGAUAUAUGCCAUCAUGUGCCAGCAAUGCCCCUCUGCCAUGUACAUUGGUCAAACUGGACAGUCUCUACGUAAAAGACUAAAUGGACACAAAUCAGACGUCAAGAAUUAACAUUCAAAAACCAGUCUGAGAACACUUCAAUUUCUCUGGUCACUCGAUUACAGACCUAAAAGUCGUAAUUCUUCAACAAAAAAAACUUCAGAAACAGACUCCAGUGAGAGACUGCUGAAUUGGAAUUAAUUUGCAAACUGGACACCAUUACAUUAGGCUUGAAUAAAGACUGGGAGUGGAUGCACCAUUAUACAAAAUAAAACUAUUUUCCCGUGUUUAUUUUCCCCCCAUACUGUUCCUCACGCGUUCUUGCCAACUGCUGGAAAUGGCCCACCUUGAUCACCACUACGAAAGGUUUUUCUUCUCUCCUGCUGGUAAUAGCUCACCCUACCCGAUCACACUCGUUACUGUGUGUAUGGUAACACCCACUGUUUCAUGUUCUCUGUGUAUAUAAAAUCUCCUCAUUGUAUUUUCCACUGAAUGCAUCUGAUGAAGUGAGCUGUAGCUCACGAAAGCUUAUGCCCAAAUAAAUUUGUUAGUCUCUAAGGUGCCACAAGUACUCCUUUUCUUUUAGUAGGAACACUAGCACUCUCAACAUUAAGCAGUCAUGGGAUAAGAUGGAAGGUGCUCUCAUGAAUUGGUAACUGGUUAAGAGAUAGGAAACAAAGGGUAGGAAUAAGUUUGCAGAAUGGAGAGAGAUAAAUAGUGGUGUCUCCCAGGGGUCUGUUCUAGGACCAGUCCUAUUCGACAUACUCAUAAAUGAUCUGGAAAAAGGGGUAAACAGUGAGGUGGCAAAAUUUACAGAUGACACAAAACUACUCAAGAUAGUUAAGUCCCAGGCAGACUGUGAAGAGCUACAAAAGGAUCUCUCAAAACUGGGUGACUGGGAGACAAAAUGGCAGAUGAAAUUCGAUGCUGAUAAAUGCAAAGUAAUGCACACUGGAAAACAUAAUCCCAACUAUACAGAUAAAAUGAUGGGGUCUAAAUUAGCUGUUACCACUCAAGAAAGAGAUCUUGGAGUCAUUGUGGAUAAUUCUCUGAAAACAUCCACUCAACGUGCAGCAGCGGACAAAAAAGCGAACAGAAUGUUGGGAAUCAUUAAGAAAGGGAUAGAUAAGAUGACAGAAAAUAUCGUAUUUUCUCUGUAUAAAUCCAUGGUAUGCCCACAUCUUGAAUACUGUGUGCAGGUCUGGUCACCCCAUCUCAAAAAAAGAUAUAUUGGAAUUGGAAAAGGUUCAGAAAAGGGCAACAAAAAUUAUAAGGGGCAUGGAACGGCUUCCAUAUGAGGAGCAAUUAAUCAGACUGGGACUUUUCAGUUUGGAAAAGAGAUGACUAAGGAGGGAUAUGAUUGAACUCUAUAAAAUCAUGACUGGUGUGGAGAAAAUAAAUAAGGAAAUGUUAUUUACUCCUCCUCACAACGCAAGAACUGGGGGUCACCAAAUGAAAUUAAUAGGUAGCAGGCUUAAAACAAACGAAAGGAAGUAUUUUUUCACACAACACACAGUCAACCUGUGGAAUGCCUUGCCAGAGGAUGUUGUGAAGGCCAAGACUAUAACAGGGUUCAAAAAAGAACUAGAUAAAUUCAUGGAGCAUAGGUCCAUCAAUGGCUAUUAGCCAGGAUUGGCAGGGAUGGUGUCCCUAGCCUCUGUUUGCCAGAAGCUGGGAAUAGGCUACAGGGAAUGGAUCACUUGAGGGAUUACCUGUUCUGUUCAUUCCCUCUGGGGCACCUGGCAUCGGCCAUUGUCGGAAGACAGGAUACUGGGCUAGAUGGACCUUUGGCCUGACCCAGUAUGGCCGCUCUUACGUUCUAAAUUUACUGAAGACAGUACUGAGUAGUAAAUAGAUGAAAAAAGCUCCUCUAUUAAGUAUCGUUCUCAUAGGACUAUAUUAUAUACAUUGUACAUAAUUCACCUGUAUUCAAGUCAUGCUUGUGGCCAUUAAAACAAUGUAUUUAGUGUGUGAUGGCUUACAGUGUUACACCAGAGAAAUUAAAAUAAUGGCAGAGACUUUUUUAUACCAGCAUAAACUGAUAUCU